AUUCAUUCGUUCAUCAAAUCACUUCCUAUGGGUUACGACACACCCGUCGGCGACAAAGGCACUCAACUCAGCGGUGGGCAGAAGCAGAGGAUAGCCAUCGCCCGGGCACUCGUCAGAGACCCGCAAAUACUGCUCUUAGACGAGGCUACCAGUGCUCUCGACUCCGAGAGUGAAAAGGUGGUUCAACAGGCACUGGAUGAGGCCCGAGAGGGCCGCACAUGUAUUGUGAUCGCACACCGACUGUCGACUAUACAAAAUGCGGACAAAAUAGUUGUCGUCAGCAAAGGAGUGGUUGUGGAGGAGGGACGUCAUCAGGAGUUGAUCGCCAAAAGGGGGGCUUAUUAUGACUUAUAUAACGUACAGAAUUUAAUGCAUUAGCAUCACCGGCAGGAAAUGGAGGUCCGGUAGUGAUAAUCCUAAUAUAGUGGUAAAACAACUUAAAUUAAAACUUCUCAUUCAGUGUAUUCA